AUGACGGCAUAUCCAUGUCGUCAGAGGAAACCUCCUAAGAAAAGCCCGCCAAUUGCUGCUUUUAUUCUUCAGAAAAUGGCCAAUGCCGAGGCCAAGGACGUGUCAGACAUACUGCGACUCAUAAAGGAACUUGCGAAGUUUGAGGAAAUGGAGGAACAGGUCGUCCUGACCGAGAAAGAGCUGCUCGAGGACGGUUUCGGAGAUCAUCCGUUUUAUCACUGCGUCGUCGCUGAAGUACCGAAAGAUAAACAGUCCGUUGAAGGUUAUACAGUGGUUGGCUUUGCUAUGUACUACUUCACCUAUGACCCCUGGAUUGGGAAGCUGCUUUAUCUGGAGGACUUCUAUGUGAUGAAGGAGUUCAGAGGUUAUGGGAUUGGCUCUGAAAUCCUGAAGACGCUGAGUGAGACGGCAGUGAAGACUCGAUGCAGCGGCAUGCACUUCAUCGUGGCCGAGUGGAACACGUCGUCCAUCGAGUUCUACAAGCGGCGCGGCGCGGCUGAUCUCUCGCACGAGGAGGGGUGGCGUCUGUACGAGAUCGACAAGUGCAACCUACUCAAGAUGUCAUCCAAGUAGACGCCAGCGCGGGAGGAAACCUUCCAUAGAGGAGGAUCAUGAUUACAGCUAUUGUUGUGUAGUCCAUUAAUCACACCUGUAAUGUAUCGUUAAUAAAUAAAGUUUAUACUCCGAGAAA